UUCAAUCACACAAUGUGCGACGGUAUCGGCCUUUCCCAAUUUAUGUCCGCUGUGGGUGAACUUACUCGCGGGGCGUCGGCCCCUUCUAUUCGACCAGUUUGGGACCGACAUCUUCUCAGCAUCGCCCAGCCGCCGCACGUGUCGUUCGCACAUCGUGAAUAUGAUGUCGCAACUGGUACAAGUGGCAGAGCCCACGUCCCGCUCGAUCAGAUGGUGGAAUGCUCCUUCUUUUUCGGCUCCACCGAAAUCUCCGCCCUACGCCGCAGCCUACCUCAGCAUCUCCAGUGCUGCUCCAAAUUUGAUAUCGUGGCAGGCUGCACGUGGCGCUGCCGGACAAUCGCUCUCUCUCCCGAACCCGACGAAGAGAUUAGAUUCAUAGGCAUUAUGGAUAACUGGAAGCAAAUACAGCCACCGCUUCCGGUGGGGUACUAUGGAAACGUUUUAGCAUUUCCGGUGGCAGUGACAACUGCUGCUGAGCUGUCAAACAAUCCGCUGCACUACGCGGUGGAGUUGGUGACGAAGGCGAAACGUGUAGCUACAACUUAUGAGUACUUGAGAUCCGUGGCUAGUCUGAUGGUGAUGCGAGAUCGCCCUAAUUUGACGGAGACGAACACUUACAUGGUGUCGAAUAUUAUGCACUUAAAAAUAAAGCAAAUGGACGUUGGGUGGGGCACAGUGGCGUACGGCAGGAUCUCUAAAGGAAUUUUGUGGCUUACCGUUAAUAUGCAAGCAGCUUGGUACAUUGGCUAUAAGGAUGGUUUCGUGGUUCCGGUUAGCCUACCGCUCAAAUCCAUGAAAGUCUUCGAGAAACAUCUUCGAGUGAUGAUGACUACCGCUCCAACACCUUCGUCUUUGUGAUACGCCAACAGCUCAAGCGUCCUCAACAUGGCCCGUGUCUCGGCCCCAAGCGCCUUAUAUGUUAUUUCUGAGUUGGUUAGGUUAUUUUAUCUUAUAAUUUGUAGUUGAAUCAUCAUAUUGAGUCGAAAGUAAUUAUAAGAGUCGGUUCUUUCCCGGAUCAUAAAAGAGAGUGGAACUGCAUAGGGUCAAAAAUAAAUACUAUAUAAAUAUGUA